AUGAUGAAUCCAGCUGAUUUCCCUUCCGGUCGCAGCCGAUUUGGCGACGCAAAUGCGUUCUACCCGCAUGAGAAAGCCGACUUCCAGGAUUUAAACGUUCGCCUUGAACGGUACAUUUCUCUGGUGAAGGGUCUCGAACGUGACAAUGCAGUACUUGUCAGCGAACUUCGUAAUCUGCAUGAAUCCUGGGGUCAACAGAAUACCGAUUAUAAGUCUUCAUUUUCCAAGUCCUUGCUUAUCAACAGAGAUGAAUCUGUGGCUGCAUUGAAAACUUCAGCUGAGCAGUCAAUCCGGGCCAAGCGUAUUCAUGCCAACAUUGAUUUGCUCAAUCGCAGAAUAGAAGGCAUUCGAGUUGCUGAACAAGGAGAUCGUGCAAGAUGUGCCGAACUACGUUCACAAAUCUCUAAAGCUGAAGCUGACCUUGAACUUCAGAUGCGCGAGAAUGGCCGGCUGGCCGACGAACGUGCUCAGUUGACUGCACAAAAUGCUGGUCUUUACACUGACUACGAGAGGAUCUGGGAUGAAAUCGAUCGUAUCCGUCUUGAGUUAGCUGAGUAUCAAGCGAGGGAAGAGCGACUCUUGGCCGAGAAGGAAUUCCUAUUGAAGGUACAAGAGCGUGAAGUAUUCGAGAUCAACAAUCUCCUAGCUGAAUCAUCAUUUGACGCUCGAAAGUUCUUUGAAAAUGAUAUUGCCCUUGCCAUCAAAGAUAUCAAACUUGAAUAUGAAGCAUCGCACAAACUUAUUCGCUCCACUGUCACUACUUACUACCACAAGAAGGCGGACGAAUUGCGUAGAAUGGCUGAGGCAAAGAGUUCCGAUGAGACAAAAUACCGCAGGGAUCAAAUCACAAAGAUGGAGAACAUGAUCGGUGAUCUUAAGCAGAAAUUCCGUCCUCUGGAGGAUAGAAAUCAUAUGCUUGAGAACGAAUACAAACAACUGCAGAAUUCGAUAAAGAACGAUGAGGAUCGCUAUGAGGGUGAGAAACGACGUCGUGAUGACGAGUAUAAGAACGCACUGGCAAUGUAUCAACGUCUGCUUGCUGAGCAAGGUGCGAUGUCUGAGGUAACGCUGCUGGAGUUGGAAAUCUACAGAAAGAUGAUUGAAUGCGAGGAGAAGAGAUGGGGACAUCGAGAUUUUGUAAAAGUGCAGGAGUCGUACUCUCAGGUCACAAAACACCGAACAUAUUCGGGCGAUAUUCGCAUAAAGGAUUGUGACGAAUACGGAAAGUAUGUGAUUGUAGAGAAUGCAGGACAUGGUGAUCACCGCCUUAGCGGUUAUCGUAUCAGCAGAAUAGUAAGAGGUUCUGAACGAUCGUUUACCUUCCCCACUCUUUUCGUCUUGGCUCCAAGAGAGACUGUACAGGUAUCAGUACGUGGCUACACACCUGAGAAACGCGACUAUACCCAUCACUUCGUUUACGACGGUGACACAACUUGGGGCAUUGACGGAAAUGUGCUGACACGUCUCUACAAUACACAAGGAGUUGAAAUUUCAAAUUUUGAAGUACGAGCAAAGUAG